AUGUUUUCACUUCGGGUAUCACUGAAGGGUCUCGUCGUCCUCUGCCUGCUUCAUCUGUGUGUUCAAAGCAUUCAAGCUGAUGUGAACCCUGCCGCCCUUGCUAGAAUGAUCCAGUAUUUUGAUAACAAUUUUCAAUUACAAUCCAUGUACAAAGUGUUGAGUUGAUUCAUAUAAGAAGACACAAGGAACAAAGUAAAAUAUAUAUAUAUUCUCACUAACGGAGAGAAAUGUGUACUCUGCACCCCAUCACAAAAUGUCACAACUCAAAAACCAAGGGAACACGCUGAGCAUUUUCUGCUCUAUCCUAAAGGUAAUUCUCUCUUGGACAAACUUCUAGUGCUGGCAGAUCAGAACAGCUGUAUAGUUUUCUAUUCGUAUAACUCUCCUUGUGUGACGAGGUGCAUUCAGAGUGAUGACAAUAUUUUGAAUGGCCUUGAAAGCUGGAAGAAUAUCCGAAAAGAGGCAAUGAAUGUUUUUGUCUUUGAGAAGAUUUGGCAGAAGGACGAAUGGAGGAAGGAUAUGGAACAAGAUAUCCUAAAGAUUCAUGCGCAAGUGCCUCUUUAUCGAUGUGACAUCAAUGAGAUGGAAUGUCAGGAUUGUGUGGAGAAAAACACUGGGAAGGUGAUUCCCUUCUGUCUGCCUAAAAAAAGAAAUCACUUUAUAUUCAAAUGA